CUUCUCGACAUGGGCUCUGGAACAGUCAAAGUGAAGGCCACUCAGAGGAAAGCGAAUGAUGGAGAAUGGUAUCACGUUGAUAUUCAGAGAGAUGGCAGAUCAGGCACCAUAUCGGUGAACAGCAGACGGACACCCUUCACUGCUAGCGGGGAGAGUGAGAUCUUGGAUCUGGAAGGGGACAUGUAUCUGGGCGGACUGCCUGAAAACCGGGCAGGCCUCGUCCUCCCUACUGAGCUCUGGACAGCCAUGUUGAACUAUGGCUAUGUGGGCUGCAUCCGAGAUCUCUUCAUCGAUGGGCGGAGCAAGAACAUCCGGCAGCUGGCGGAACAGCAGAACGCUGCCGGGGUCAAAUCAUCCUGCAGUCGGCACAACACCAAGCAGUGCGACAGCUAUCCCUGUAAGAACAAUGCUGUUUGCAAAGAUGGCUGGAACCGCUUCAUCUGUGACUGCACUGGCACUGGCUACUGGGGGAGAACGUGUGAGCGGGAACUCAAUAGUUCUAUGAUCUUUGGCAAGGACUACACAGAGAUGCCAUUUGUGAACCUGCAAUGCCUGCUAUUGGAGUUUUAUGAUGAGCUCCUUUUCUUCAGCACUGACCACCAGGUGCGGAGGACAGAGGCUCCAGUCGCUGCAACAGGUCCUGGCAUGAAAAUUUCCUCCAAACGUAUCUCCUCGUAA